ACUGAGCAAGAAUUAAGGCUGAGGCACACGUACCACAGGGUGACAUAUUUCUUUCUUCCCACUCACACGUGCGAGUGGUGCGAGGCGAUGUCAGUCUUGACUUCGCACUUCGCACCCAGAAUGACAGGGAGCCAAACUUGCAACGCUCGCUCUCCAGCUCCACAUCCCGUACGCUUGUUGCACAUCGAAACGCUUGAGUGAAAACAGAGGGAAUGCUCCUGGUUCCGUAGGCAAACACAUGGGGACAUGAAGGCCUUUGAUGACUAUGGUCACUCCUGAGUGGACAAUAAAGUGGGGACCAUGAGAGUCACCCUGGGAAUCGGCUCCUCUCACUGAGAUAUCGGGCCAGGGGUCCUGGUGCCGGAGCCUGGACUCUGGUACCCUGGGCCCUGGUGGCUGCUGUGCUGUGUGGUGCUGUGCUGUGCUGUGUAUGCCCCUCCUGCAACGCAGUCAGUGUUGAGAUCGCCCUCCCAGAGAGGAAAUGGGAGAUCACCAUCAGGUCAAAACUUCCUUCCUCUUCAUCCAACUGCAGUCCCCCUCCAAGGCUCAUCAGCAGCCGCCCCACCACUACCACUAUCACCACCACCACCAGCAGCAGCAGCAGCAGCAGAAGCAGCUGCUGUGUCCCUCGGAGCCUGAGAGCAUAGCCUGUCUGGACGCCACAGAGGAAGGAUACCACAGAGCUUCAGCUGAAGGUCGAGGGCCAAGCCCAGAGACGCAGCAACAUCAGUAUCAAUAUCAACACCAACAGCAGCAGCGGGAUUCAGAACUGCAGCAACAGCAUCAACAGAAUUUAGAACAUCAGCUGCCGCAUCAGGAGAUUGGUGGUGGCGGUGGCGGUGGCGUCAUCCUUGUGGAUGCUUUGAGCUCAGAGCCCUCCUGCACCAGUAUCAGCAGUGGCUGGGCUCCCCUUGAGGAGGCAGAGGACAGCAGACCUCUGGAUCGGUCCACAGACAGCAUCACACAAGAUGGCAUCUGUUACGGUACAAGUCUGUGUUCCUCUUCUGACGAGGAGUGCCUGAGUCUGACGGAGGAGGACGACAUAUAUCAGGCCCUACAGCUCUCAGCCGACGACUAUUACAAGUCAAGGGAGGAGGACAUCUCCCUCUGGGACGACGACAGCUUGGCCGAAACCCCCGUGUGGAUCUUACGCGAAGCGAGAACGGACGUUAUCAACAUGAGCAAGGAGGAGAACCCCGUUGUUACGCCCGACGUUACGCCCGUCGUAACGCCACCCAGGGGCAGCGCGUCCCCCAGGGUACCCCCAAAACCCUCGCCCUCGCCCUCCGGCCGGACCAGCUUCCUCUACCCAACAGGGACCCACGAGCCUCUAAAAAUAGCGCCGGAGGCCGGAGUAGGAAAGUUGGCAGAGGCACAGUCAGAAGCCAAGAAGCCCAAGGGUGCCCCUUACCCCCACCACCAGCCCACCAUGGGCACUGGAGUGCAUCGGACCUCCAGCAACAGUUGGGUGUACAGCGCCAAGCUGAGGGAGGAAGCCAGUAGUCCCACCACCACCCGUGCUAGCGGUCAGCAGGAUAAGGAGUCCAGGAGCUCGGAGAGAGCCACGUUCAUGUCGGCUGUCAUUCAGAGGUCCUCCAAGCUGUACGGGGGAGACAUCUCCUCCGGCAACAGGAAAUCGGUGAGCCCCGCACAGGACGACGGUUCCAGCUCCUCCAGUGUUGCACCUGCUGCGGAGCCCUGUACGAAGAGGAUGUCGCCUCCCGUUCCAGUGCGUUCCAGCGGUGGAGGUGCUGUCGCUGUCUCCAGGCCUCCUGCUAAGCCUGCGGAUGCUUCAUCUGGGAAGUCUUCUUCUUCUUCUCCAGUGAUGAGUACCUCAGUGGUCGGCAAGCUCCCCAAGCCCGAUGUUCCCCCGAAGCCUGACGCGUCUGCUUGGGUCAACAACUCCUCUCACGCUCAGAGUGUGGCGAAGGCCAAGUACGAGUUCCUCUUCGGGAAGGCGGAGGAGGCCGGCACUGCCACUGCUACUGCUACCACCGCUACCGCCACAACCAGAGUGUCGCUGACUGAGACCGAACUUCCACCAAUUCCACUUGCGAAGCAGAAGGAGAGCGGCACACCUCCCCAACCAACCAGACUAAAACCUGUCCCCGACCCCAACCCCAAAGCUGAGCUGAACCUCGAGUCUCCCCUGCAGGAAGUCGACGAGGAUGACGAUGGCGAGCUGGACGAGACGUCCCUCUUCCAGGAGAUCGACCGUGAGCUGGCGAGCCUGCUGAGUGGCCUGAAGGCGCGCUGCCGCGAUGCUGGCGUGGUCCCCCACGACGACCUGGACGACCAAGAUCCUAGCAACCACCACGACGACGAGGUUUUCCUACCCUCAACCACCACCGCGGCCUCCUUCUACUCGGUCAUGAUCCCCUGCAACGGAGCCAGCGACGGCAGGCCGAGUGCCGCCAACGUGAUGCCCGCGGCCGCCAUCACCCAAAACGGCAGCCCCAACAGCUACUCUAAGGUUAGCCCAGGAAAGGCAGCGAAGGGCAGCGAGAGAGAAGAGGAUGGUGUCGGAGGCGGAUCCGGAUCUGGUCCUUCGAGCCUGCACCCGUCCGACAGCUUCAUCCUGAACACGUGGGCCGAGGCUCUGGGGCAGGACGACUCGCUCACCUCUCUCACCUGCGUCACGGAGGAGCUGCAAGCCCUCAGUGCCGGGCUGCUCAGUUUUGGGAAUGCCGGGAAAGUUGGCGGUCCGGGCCAAGACAAACCCCAGCCUCCUCCUCCUCCGUCGCAAACAGCUGCUGGAACGGGAACAUCUGGAGAUGUGCCUUCAGCAGCAGCAGUAGCAGCGGCAUUGGCAGCAGUGCAGGAUGAGGGCUCCUCCUCCCUCUCCUCCUCAGGUACCGCCGCCCAUCCUGCAAAGCAAGUCCAAGUGCAGAACCAGAACCAGACACAGACACAGAGCGAGACUGAGACUGAGGCUGGCACGAAGAGCCUCGCAGGCCAGCACAGCCGCGGAGGUGUAGAUGGUGGUGGUGGAGGAGGAGGAGGAGGAGGAGGAGGUGGUGGUGGCGGCGGGGGACUGCUGGAUGAGUCCAGCAAGAUCCUGGCGGAGAUCCCGGGGAUCUUCACCGCCUUCCUGGACGGCGGCCAGGCCCAGGCGCGGGAGAAACCGCUCAAGAAGCUGCGCUUUGUGGAGAGCGGCAGCAGAGAGGACGGCAGCAGCAGCACCACCACCACCACCACCACAGGCUCGGGACCAGGGAGCGAGAGUAGCAGCAGUAGCAGCAGUAGCGGUGGCAGUGCAGUGGUGAAUGGGACUGGGACCGGCACUGGCAUGACAGGGACUGGUGGUGGUGGUGGGUGGAUGCUCGGAGGAGAGGAGCAGCCCCAGCCCCUGUCGCCCCUGUUGAGGCAGCCUCAGCCUGGGCAGCAGAAGGAGAAGCUGGGCAGCUCCCUGGAGGCUGGGGGGAGUGGGGGGUGGGCUACACCGGGGGUCACCACCGUGCUGGAGGACGAGGUCUUCAGGCCUAACGCCACGCCCGACGUCCGCGUGCUGAGCCCCGAUAGCGAGUCAGCAUCGGAGCAGAGUGCAAGGAGCGGUGACGGUGCGGAGGCCAAGAGGUCUCAGGCCAGCGACGAGGCCACGGACGUCUUCAGCUCGCAGUUCGAGAGCAUCGUGGAGUCGGACCGCCUGCGCAGCACCCUCUACAGCAGUCUGGACUCCCUGGACGCCUUGUCCUCCAACGACGACCUUGACGCCCCCUCCCACGACCUUGACAAUAACCCUUCUAACCCUAACGACCCCGGGGCCGAGCCCGAGCCCGAGCCCGCCGCCUUCACCUUUGACCUCCCGCUGACCCCCAUGAUCCAGCAGCGGCUGAAGGAGAGCAGCCACUUCCUGGACGGCAUGGCGAUGGACUGGGGCGGGACAGGAAGUGGCGGCGGCCGGCAGGAAGUGCUGAGCGUCAUGGCGACGGGCAGGAGCGGCAAAGGCGCUCUGGAGAUGACCACGUCCUUCGUGGACGUUGUGGUGGACACGGCCGGGGACCUGCCGCAGCAUCACCAGGGCACCCCCGUUUCCGCGGAGACGCAGAGCAGGGCGUCCAGCGACGGCGUACAUUCCAGUAGCGAUGGAGGACAUUCUGGUGGCAGUGGCGGACCGGUGGCCAACGGGCUGGCAGAGGACGCAGGGCAGGACUCUAAAGACUGGCUACAGGGAUGCCUGAGGAGCGAUGGGGACCUGCGAGAGGCGCUGUCGGGCUGGGACUCGGACAUGGGCAGCACGGAGCGGCUGAAGAGCAGUAGCAGCAGGGAGGCGCUCCACAACAACGGCAGCAGCGGAGGAGGAGGAGGACCGGGAGGCGGUAACCGUAGCGACCAGGAGGCCGCCCGGCGCCUGGCGAGAAGACUCUACCACCUGGAGGGAUUCCGCCGCUCGGAUGUGGCCAAACACCUGGGCAAGAAUAAUGACUUCAGCAAGAUGGUGGCUGAAGAGUACCUCACUUUUUUUGACUUUACAGGGAUGACAUUGGACCAAUCUCUCAGAACAUUUCUGAAAGCUUUUGCACUAAUGGGAGAAACCCAGGAAAGAGAGCGGGUUUUGAUCCACUAUUCUAAUAGGUACCAUCAUUGCAACCCAGCCAUCAUCGCCUCCCGAGAUGGAGUGCAUUGCCUUACCUGUGCUUUGAUGCUGCUCAACACAGACCUUCACGGCCAUAAUAUCGGGAAGAAGAUGACGUGUCAAGAAUUCAUCAAUAACCUGGAUGGCCUAAACGAAGGGCAAGAUUUCCCCAGAGACCUCUUGAAGGCAUUGUACCACUCAAUCAAGAAUGAGAAACUGGAGUGGGCCAUUGAUGGCGACGAGCUUAAGAAGUCUCUGUCAGAGCUGGCGGACAACAAGACGGCUGAGAAUGCCAAGGGCAUCAGCAAGGUCGGCAGCGGCAGCAACCCAUUCCUGGACAUCGCACAUGACCCCAACGCCGCCGUCUACAAAACCGGAUUCCUGGCUCGCAAGAUCCACGCCGACAUGGACGGCAAGAAAACACCAAGAGGAAAGCGUGGUUGGAAAACCUUUUAUGCCGUUCUCAAAGGAAUGAUCCUCUAUCUGCAGAAGGAUGAGUAUAAGCCUGAGAAGGCCUUGUCUGAUGAGGAUCUGAAGAAUGCGAUCAGCGUGCACCAUGCGCUGGCCAUCAGGGCUGAAGACUACGAGAAGAAGCCCAACGUGCUCAAGCUGAAGACGGCAGACUGGAGAGUCUUCCUCUUCCAAGCACAGAGUCCAGAGGAGAUGGACACUUGGAUCCGGACGGUGAACUCGGUGGCGGCCAUGUUCUCUGCGCCCUCCUUCCCGGCGGCCAUCGGCUCCCAGAAGAAAUUCAGCCGCCCCCUGCUGCCCGCCACCACCACACGCAUGUCACAGGAGGAGCAGCUGAAAUCCCACGAGGCCAAGCUGAAACACGUCUCCACGGAGCUGGCGGAGCACAGAUCCUACCCCCCUGACAAGAAGGUCAAAGCUAAAGAGGUGGACGAGUACCGGCUGAAGGAGCACUACCUGGAGUUUGAGGAGAAACGUUACGAGAUGUAUGUGAAGCUCCUGAAGGAUGGCGUGAAGGAACUGCUGGGCAAAGAGGCGGACGCGGCCCUCAAGAAGUCCCAGUCCAGCCCGUCGCUCAACCAGGAGUCCCAGCCGGCCGGCGCCAAAGUCAAGCGCAACACCUCCGAGAGGAAGGACUACCGGCCCGAGACGCCCAAGGUCACAUAAGGGACUCAGAGCAGCGCCUACCGGAGUCACACACACCUUAUUACGUCAUGCUUUCAAGUCAUGUUUUUUGAGAGCCAUUUGGUAGCACUUUUCUGUGAAUGGGCUACAUGUAAAAGGCCUUAUUUAACACCUUUUUUUGUUUUUUUGUUUCCUAAAUAAGGGAGACAAUGCACGACCACCCCUAAGACCCGCUAAGUCAGAGAGGCGUUUUGGCAAGGCAAGCAGUUGGUUGGUUGGUGAUGGUGAUGAUGAUGCCGCUAGCUUACUGUUGCUGGCAUGGCAUAGGUUUUGGCGUAGUUGGCAGGAUGGCCUUUGAGUUUGGUGUCGCUGUACACACACACACACACACACACACACACACACACACACACACACACACACACACACACACACACACAUACACUCACACACACACUUGCAAUUGCUCAGGUGCCACUUAGGGGCCUGGUGCAUUGAUUCCAAAGGUGUUGUUUAGCUUUCAACGUGAACCCCUUAAGGAAAGUGUUACCGAGCCAUUCUACACAACUUGUGAAUAUAUUUUAAUGUAAUUUAUUUAUGGUCCUCACCCUCCACAGUUGUGUACAAUGUAAAUGACUGAUAAUCGUCCUUAGAUUGACUGGUGCUUGUGUAGCGAUUUAUAUGGGGCAUAACGUGCAUACAGUAAAUGUAGUCUCUCUCUCUAUCUCUCGCUCUCUCUCUAUCUCUGUUCUUUUUUUUAUUUGAGUGUUGUACACGUUGCUCUUUGUCAUUAUUGUACUGUAAGUGUAAGAUUUAGUUGUGCAGCAUUUGACUGUCACUUUAUUUGUUCUCGCUGUGUUCCGUCCUUAUCGAUGCUAUCCCGAAAUCUGCCUUUACUCAAGAGAAGAUAUUUUUCUUGUAUUUUCAGCGGUGGACUCGAUCCACCCUUGUAUCUUUGUAGGUAGUAGCUUAUAGUCUUACUCCUAAGGUUAAUCGGUUAUUUUAAAAAUGUAGAUUAAGCGAAUGUUGUAAACAUUUAAACAAACGCGCUUACGGUAAUUAGAUCAUUGGUACUAUACGGCUUAACCCAGACUCGUUUUCUUCUCCUUACUGCUACUUAGUUAGUUUUCAUUCCACUAGUCCAAAAAAAAAAAAAAACAUGACAAUAUAAUGCCUGAAAUUAUUACUUUUGAUUUUUAUGAGAAGCUCGUUGACACAAAAUGUCUCAAGCACAUAAAAUGGACCGAAAAGGCACAUGGAAGACGUCUCCACCGUCUCCUCUCACCCUCUUGGAGGCUCGUUCUGCUUAUUGGCAUUAAAAGGGACCACAAUGGCCUAUACUGUAGAUUAAAGACGUUUAUUAUCACGUUUGUGAUAUCUGCAGUGCCCUCAUAGAAAAGAAAAUCAUCUGGCACUGUUAUUGUAACACAGUUUAGUUUUGCAACAUUUUGAACAGUUUGAUUAGCGAACUCGCAUCUGUUCUUUUAUUUUCGCAAUUCUGGUAACUAUUUCUUCCCGAGCAGUAGAGAUGCUUCUGCCUCUGGCUGCCUAUGAAUGGCUUUGCCCUCUAUAAAGAGACACGUUGAUGUCACACCACCAUAAUACAACAGUGCUGUACAUAAAUCAACAGAUUUUUGUAGAAAAACGUUCCUAUGAAAGGAACAGUUAGAGGAAGGAAAGCCUUCUGAAGAAAAUUAAUUAGCAACAAAGGCUACGCUCUUAGUUUCGCACACGCACAGUACGUUACAGGUUUUUUUUUAAAGGAUACACAAGGAUAAACUCUCUCAUAUUUUAAAGAACGGUUAGUGGUACGUGUAGAUGAUCGUUUUAAAGUUUUAAAUUUAGUUCUGUCCUCAGAACGUGGCCGUGUCACGUCGAUCUGCAAUGGGCACUGUGCUGUUGGACUGACGUCAACGCCGGAGUCCCUAUAGCUGCAGGUCUGGCAGGCCAUUUAUUUUUUUAAUCUGUUCAGCUAAGGAAGUAUACUUCUGCUUUUUUGAGUAGUGUUAAUGCCAAUGCUACUUUUUGUGUAUUUUAUAAUCUUCUUAUAUUUGGAUUUUUAAUUCUGAGUUGAGAAUUGUAUUGUUGUAAAGAUAAAAAAAGAAUAAUAUUUAUAGUGCACUUUAUGAAUUAGUUCUUUCUAUUUUAGAGCUUUAUAAGGGGUAGAGUGACACAUUUGUUUGUUUGUUUGUUUUCCUUUUUUAAAUGACUACACGUUUUUAUUUUCUUCUUUUUUCCUCAAGCUGCUCCCUGGCUUGUUCUGUUGAAGGUACUGAGCUGUACGUACGAAUCUGUCAGCUCAAUAUGUUAGUUUGUCAGUGGUUGUGUAGUUUUUUGCUGUCAUAGUUAGAUUGUGUAAAUGACUAUGUUUCCAUUAAGGGAACUAUUUACAGUGCUGUACAACACCUUGACAAUUUUUUUGCAAACGUUUUUUGCCUUUCUCUGUGAUGUCAAUAUAGAGCUGAGGUGUUGCUGAACUGGACACGUCUUCAGGCAGAACUGACAUGCAACCACACUGACAUUUUACUUUCCCACCACAAACUGUUUUUCAGGCAUACAUUGUUUAUUUUUUGUUUUUUUUGUUCCUCACCAAAUAUGGUCUUUUGUUUGUGAAACUUCAGGUGUGUUGAGAUGUACAGUACAAUAGGUAACAAAGAAGGAAUCGCAGGUGCAUUGACAUGCGCCCGGAAAUGGUAUUGCUUUUGGAAUUAUUUGACUUUUAUUUGUCAAAAAUGCUCCAGACACUCGUGUGCUUGUUUACCUGUGACAAACUGUUAGCUGCACAGUAGUUAUUACAUGGUCCUCAUGUUGUUUCUUUUCACCAUGUUGAAUGGGCUUAACCAAGCAAAACGAACAGAGAUAGCUUCUGAGUGGAACAUCCAUAUGAACAUCCAAGUGGUUAAAGUUACUGGACCACUGUUAUCAGGAAUAUUUUAUAACCUCCUCCUCAAUAUGCAUAUUAAGCUACGCUUGCACAUCGCUGCUGACUGCUUCCCAUUUAGCUUCGGCUUUGCUGCCCUACCAUUUAUCACUUCGUUUAGUCAACAUCUGACCCUCCUGGGGGUCAAUUCCAAGAACAUGGUUAAGUUAACCUAUAAAAGUGGUGAACAUGCUAAUAGAUAGCUUGCAGGUGUUAUUUAGGUAAGGAAAUAGGGACUCCGGGCACUUCUACUAACUGAUUUACCACUAUCUCCAGGUUAACUCAACCCAGGGUGCAUUUCUCGAAAGUGUAGUUGCUCACUACAGUAGCUACUUUGUUGGUUGCAAUGCAAUUUCCCAUUGGCAACUACCCAAGUAGCUAACUGCUAACAACUACGCUUUCGAGAAAUGCACCCCAGGUCGGAUGGCUACGGAAGCUUCUUGGAAUGCCCCCCUUUCAACACUAUGUUUCGUACAGGGGGUCCAGGGAACCACAGCCUGAUCCUCUGUAGGAAAUGUUUGCAGGAGGGUCUGUUUUUGAGCAGGCUAUAACAUCACCUUCCUUUACCAUAGUAUUCAAGGUUGGCGUACGUCUUUGGCACCGAGGCACUUACAAUAACUACAAUGGUAUUCUUUUUUUGUUUUUAUUUGCGCGCGUGUGUGUGUGUGUGUGUGUGUGUGUGUGUGUGUGUGUGUGUGUGUGUGUGUGUGUGUGUGUGUGUGUGUGUGUGUGUGUGUGUGUGUGUGUGUGUGUGUGUGUGUGUUGCUUUCCCCUUUGAGUACUACAAAGAACUGACUCCACAAAUCAAGACCUUAAGUGAGGAAAUGGUCUUUUGAAGAAGUAUGCCCCAAUUUGUUGACUUAAUAUUUUUUUGUUGUUGUUUUUCUCCAUCAGUUUUUGUUGUGAAUUUGUUUUUUAAAUCUUGAUUUUUGUACAUGUUGUUGAACAUUCAGAGACGUCUUGACCAAAAUGUGCUUCUUGAUGCUAGGAGAUGUACGUAGUGCUGUUGGUAUUCAUGCUCCGGUUAGGGAGAACCUUCUAGACCUAGAGGACCGCUGCUGAGAACUGUCUCCUGAACACGCAGUCUCAGUGUGAAAUUCACUUUCCCAGUUUGUCCAGCAUGAACAGUUGUAGACCAGCUGCUUCUCAUGCCAUUGUGAUACAUUUUGCACAUUUUAGAAUGUUUGAAUUCACAUUUUAUUUGUGUCUUUUUUUUUGUUUUUUGUUUUUGUAUUAACUCAAAAACCAGCAGCUUGUGUGUUCCUGUAUGUUAUGCAUGGACGUCUUGAGUUCAACUCAAUUGCAGAGACCCCCCUUUUUUAAACAACAUAAAAAACCAUCAGAGUAGCUUUAUUAUUUAUCUUUUCAUUAUAUUUGCCUUAUUUAUCUUUUUGACUGGAAGAGUUUUCUUUUUGUUCUUUUUUUAUGUUAAGUUUCCUUUUGGCACAAUUGUGCAUACCCAUGUAAGAAAAGGAAAAAAAAAACUCUUGGAAUGUCAAGUGACAUAUCAUAGCACAUUUUUCUUUUAGUUUUGCUAAAUGUAACCCAUAUCAACGCACCCAUCAUCCAUGAACACCCAUCACCCCCUCUAUCCCCAGGUAUCCAUGCUGGUACUGUUCUCCCCAAUCACUCCCUCACUCCCAACAUGUUAAUACGCAAAACAGUCAGGAACCGCUUAGGAAGUACAGUCAUAUUUUUUAUGCUGAACAUCUCAGAUUGGCAUCGACCAUGUCAUUAUUGUUGUUUGAAGAAGAAAAAAAGUUGUGUUUCAAGGGGAGGGGGUGGGGGGUGGUUUAAGGUAAGAGCGGGUGGUUUGGGGAGGGUGGGUGGCAGAGCAAGCGGAAGUUGUACAGUAUAGAAACCAGACUUGUACGAAAUUCCGAAUUGGAUGAAUUGAAAUUCACAGUAAUGCCAUAAUAUGAACACUAGGUGGUGGUGUUCUAUGCACUCUCAAUGGGUGGUGUAGAUUAAGUUCAAAGAAAUUCAAGGUAAUGAUACCACCUAGUGUUCGUAUUAUGGGAUUACUUUGAAUUUCAAUUCAUUCAAUUCAGAAUUUCGUACAAGCCUGAUAGAAACCUACACCAGGCUGGUGGGCGCUAACACAGGACGCUAACGUCAGUAGACAUUGCACCUUAGCCUUGAGUGGGGCUGUCCGCCAGAGUCGGUCCGCAUCCACACGAAACAGCAUCAGAACAGAAGACAGAAAUCUUAUCUCCUCAAAAAAGCUGUGAUCUUGUACAAUCCUUUAACUCUGUACAUGUUGUGACAUAUUAACUGUUGACCCGUGUUGGAGACAAAGACAGAAAAAAAAGAAAACAAGUUAAAAAAAAAAUAGUUUUGUGGGUUGUUGAAAAGUGAUGUCACUGGCAACAGGUGUGUUCUACGUCCCUUGGCCAGAUCACGGCACCCCCUUGGUGCCGGCGUUACCAACUGUAGAUGGUUUCAGUGAAUAAAAUACAGUAUUUAAUUGCA